UGCCGUUGCAGCUGCCUUGCGCAGACCACUCACCCCGUUAGCCAGACCAUGAACGACGACGAUGAUGAUGCUUUCCUGUACGGCUCUUCGAUCGCACCACCGCCGUCGAACGCGCAGCCCAGCAAGCCUCAGAAUGUUCCAAUCAGUACGAACGGAUCUGGCGUGACUCAACAGCCUGCCUCUACGACCGUUGACAUUGACGAAGGAGGGGAGGAAGACAUUGAAGAAGAUGGAUCCAGCGAAUCUGACCUUGACAUCAUUCUUGACGCUCCUGAUCCUGUUGCGCCUCCUGGAUUCAACCCUCAUGCCGCCAGACUGCCUAUACUGCCGCAGAGGCCAGUCGCAAUCGCUUCACCUGGUGUUCAGCCCGCCGCGCUCGCUGCGCCUGCUCAACAGCAAGCUCUGCUCUCCGCAGGCACUUCGAAUGCUGCUACGCCCAUCGCGUCUGGCAGCGCGACACUCAACGGCCAUGGACAGCUCUACCCGCCCGAAGUCAUACCCGGCACACUCAACCAGAUACCAUCAGCCGACCCGAGCCAAGCGCUCACGAUACCCUCUAUGCGUCCUACGGUAGACCUUACCAAACCUGCCAUGCUGCACACAGCACAGAAUAUCUACGAGCUCAAUAUCGACUCGCUUCCGCAGACGCCCUGGCGCGAACCGGGCAUCGAUCUGAGCGAGUACUUCAAUUAUGGCUUCGAUGAGAUGACCUGGCGAGCCUAUGCAAAGCAGCAACUCCAAUUACGGGCAGAGCGCGACGAAGAGCGAAUGAAUCCAUUUGCUGCUUUCGCAAAUCAGCCAGUAGAAGAAGCAUGGGCUAGCUUGCCGCUCGAGUUGAAGGGAAUGAUGAUGCAAACGAUCAUGAGCUCCUUUGGCGGUAUGCCAGGCAUGGGAAUGGGCAUGCCUGCCAUGCCACCCGGUAUGCCAAUGAUGUCCGGUAUGCCUGCGAUGCCCGGUAUGCCCAGUAUGCCUGCCAUGCCCAUGCCGCCUCAGCAAGACUCGCCCUUUGGCGAUCGCGAAGAAGAACCUCGCGGCUCUAGGCCGCGCGGUCGACUCGGCGUACGGCCCAUGACUCGCGAGAAUUCAACAGACAGUCGUGAUCAACCGCCAGCGGACGCACCGCGGGGUCCACGGAUAAAGGCAGAAGACGAGCAAUCGAUCGAUGAGGAGCCCGAACGAAAGCGGAGAGCCCCACCCUUGCGCCGACGCCGUAGCAGUGGAGAGCCAGAGCGCAGAGCCAAAGACAGCGAUAACGAGCGCAAGCGACGAGAUCUUACGCAUGAUAGCGAUGCCGCCACACACACAGACCGUCUCUCGCCCGACUCCGACAGGGACAGAGGCACCAAGCGCACGCCAGAGGGCAGAAGACCUUCCGUCGAUUUCGCCUUCAGCGAGCGUACAAAGUCUUCUCGUCGAGUCAGAGACGUCAGUCCCGAAGAGAGACGUUCGAGAAGACGAGAUGAUGCUGUCCCGUCGACGCGCUCACGGCGUCGCUCGCGUUCGCCUGCUCAGCGCUCUCGAUCUCGCUCACCGAGACGACAUGUAGAAGAAGAGGAGGCACCCCGUAAGCGUAUGAGACGCAGGGAUGUAUGAACGUAUUGCAUCUCCAUGAACCGCGUCAAUGGGCCGUACA